AUGAAUAUUAAUCAUAUUGGGACUCAGGAUAAAUACCUUGGUUUGCCUUCUACAGUCUCUAAAUCGAAAAAGGCUUCUUUUAGUAUGAUCAAAGAAAAGGUUCGAAAAAGAAUCGAAGGGUGGAAGCGCAAUCUUCUUUCGUCAGGUGGUAGACACGUAUUGCUUAAGGCAGUGGGAGAAGCUAUUCCUAUUUAUACAUUGUCUUGCUUUAAGUUGCCUGAUGGUUUAAUUUCGGAAAUUCACUCUCUACUUUCUCAGUUCUGGUGGGGACAAAAAGGUUCUGAAAGGAGGAUGGCUUGGAUUAGCUGGGACACUAUGACUCGCCCACGAAAAGAAGGAGGCCUUGGAUUUAAAGAUCUCAGAAUCCAAAAUCUGGCGCUUUUAGGCAAACAGUUUUGGCGACUUGUAACACAUCCUACUUCCUUAUUAUCCAAAAUCUUAAGAGGUAAAUACUUUAGCAAUGGUAAUGCUAUAACGGCAGAAAUUGGAGUCUUACCUUCUUGGGAAUGGAGGAGCAUACUGGAAGGCCGAAAGAUUGUUGAAAAAGGUCUUAAUUGGGCUAUGGGUACUGGUGAGAAUAUCCGAACCUUUGAGGAUCCUUGGCUGCCUCCUCCGUAUCCUUUAAUGAUUUCUGACAUGCCAAAUAGACAGGCUAUUUCUGAGUUGUUUCCAAGAGUUAAAGAUCUAAUUACUGAAGAUAGAAAUUGGAAUUAA